UACAAUGGUGUUUGUUCUUCACUGGUUGCCCUUUUUUUGUGGCAACAAGGUCUGAAAUCUUGCUGCUGUGAUAUGUCACCCAAAAGAUAUGGGAGUUUAAUUAUCUAUUCUAUAAAUGAUGUCUAAACAGUGAGCAAUUCACUAAUUUCCUCUCAAUAGGUUGUGAAAAUAAGUGUACAUUGUAAAUGUAUGCUAAAGAGCAAAGAGGGUUGCAGAUAGCCUUGCGGUUGAGAGCGUUGGGCCAAUAACCGAAACUUGGCCUAUCCAUAUGGGGUACUUGAGAAGACUGACACCGUAGCCCUUCUGGUAAAAUGCACAUGAGGGGAAAGCAUAAUUCAGUUGGCGGUACAGUAACCGAAAACGCUUGGGAACCACCGUGCUAAAUUACUAAAAUGUAAACUCUCGGUGCUGUAUCCCCCGCCUUCUAUUGGACGCGGAACCAAUAUUGUCCAAUCAAAUGACUAGAACGGUCAUGGCUAGAAGGGAUCCAGCUUUUGUACAAAAUAACGUCCGAUUUGACUUUUCGUAGCAUAUUGUGAGAAUUAUCGUAGCAGGAGAAUUAGGUUAAGGUUAUGAAAAGGCUUAGGGUUAGCUUAAAUGCAAAAAAAAGUAUCUACUUUUGACGUUUAUUUGACAAAAACUGGAUCCCUUUGACCGACUAGAACAUUCUUGAAGGGACGUUAGGUUAGAUCGAAUUGGCUCAGAGCUCCUGCCGCUCUUCAGCUUCAUCUUGUUGUGAAAGCGAAUUGACACAUCAAAACACUGGUGGAAAAAUAAUCUAGCAGUCCGGAACGCAGAAGCUAUUACUAAUUGUAUAUCAAGACGUCAUUCUUCAGUUGUAUCCAAUGGAACAGCCGAAUGGCCACCACGGCGAGAAUGAACCGGAGACCGGGGGGGGAAACGAAGACGCGGCGCGGCACCACGGCGAGAAUGAACCAGAGACCGGGGGGGGAAACGAAGACGCGGCGCAGCCUCCACUGAAGCGGUCCCGUUCAAGGAGUGACGUGUCGAAUCAUUUAGGAUUAGACGGUAGCAACAUGGAGACAACUACGGCCGGGGGAAGUGCCGCCGAUGAACGACGCACAUCCAACUAUUCAUCAAGGCAAAGGAUGGACUCCCUGAGAAAGAUCAGGCCACCCUUCCCCUGGUUUGGGAUGGACAUCGGUGGCACCCUGGUGAAGCUGGUCUACUUUGAGCCCAAAGACAUCACAGCCGAGGAGGAGCAGGAGGAGGUAGAGAACCUGAAGAGCAUCCGGCGCUACCUGACCUCCAACACAGCUUACGGUAAGACGGGGAUCAGAGAUGUUCACCUAGAGCUGAAGGACCUGACGAUGUGCGGGCGCACAGGGAACCUCCACUUCAUCCGUUUCCCCACCCAGGAUCUGCCGGCCUUCCUGCAGAUGGCCCGUAACAAGCACUUCUCCAGCCUCCACACCACCCUCUGUGCCACCGGCGGGGGGGCCUACAAGUUUGAAUUGGACUUCCGCCAGAUGGCUGACCUCCAGCUGCUGAAACUAGAUGAGCUGGACUGUCUGAUACGGGGUGUCCUCUACAUAGACUCAGUGGUGUCCAGUCCUUCAGAGUGCUACUACUACGAGAACCCUACAGACCCCGAACACUGUGUCCAGAAACCCUUCACCCUGGAGAACCCAUACCCUGUGCUGCUGGUCAACAUCGGCUCUGGCGUCAGCAUGCUGGCCGUCUACUCCAAGAACAACUACAAACGAGUGACUGGGACCAGUCUGGGCGGAGGGACGUUCCUGGGGCUGUGCUGUUUACUGACUGGCUGCUCCAGCUUCGAGGAGGCUCUGCAGAUGGCGUCGCAGGGGGAGAGCACACGCGUGGAUAAGCUAGUACGGGACAUCUACGGAGGGGACUACGAGCGCUUCGGCCUCCCUGGCUGGGCUGUGGCCUCCAGUUUUGGGAACAUGGUGUGUAAAGAGAAGCGGGAGGCCAUCUCUAAAGAGGACCUAGCCAGAGCCACCCUGGUCUCCAUCACCAAUAACAUCGGCUCCAUCACCAGGAUGGUUGCGCUCAACGAGAACAUUGAGAGGGUGGUGUUCGUAGGGAACUUCCUGAGGGUGAACACCCUGUCCAUGAAGCUGCUGGCCUAUGCCAUGGACUACUGGUCUAAAGGCCAGCUGAAAGCCCUGUUCCUCAGACACGAGGGCUACUUCGGAUCAGUUGGGGCUUUGCUGGAGCUCCUGGAUCCAUCCUGAUGGCUACGGUGGCCCUGAAGGUCAAACUAGCGCUUAAGACCCAAGGACCGCUCUUACCCAAGGGCCGCUCUUACCCAAGGACCGCUCUUACCCAAGGACAGACUAGCACUUAGACUUAAGCUCUUAAACCAAAGACCGUCCGUCCAGUGGGACUACACCUUUAUACUUUAAGUUUAUCCUCACUCCAUUGGUGCAGUGUGCUUGUAUGUACAAGUAGCCAGAUAGGUAGCCUGUACAGUAGCCAGAUAGGUAGACUGUACAGUAGCCAGAUAGGUAGCCUGUACGGUAGCCAGGUAGCCUGGUCCGUCUGCAUAUGUUUGACAGGAAUGUGAAUCCCUCCAGGAACGCCACCACUGUUGCCUUUACUGCUGUAUGAUCACAUGUCUGUUUGGCAUGUUUAAUAAAGUUGCUUGAUUGCUCUUGUCACCAUCAGCAGCCGAUGUGUUAGCUCUGACGUUAACCUCCAGAGAAGCGUCAAUGGCCGGGGCCCAAUUUGCCGUUUUACUGGCACUAACUGCAGGGCUAAUUCCAGUCAAUACAGGAAGUACGCUGACAUUCCAAUUCUCUUCAAUGCUUUUCAAUGCAAUUUUGGUUUACUUUCUGAAUUGACUGGAAUUGACCCCAACCCUGAUUGUCUGUUACGUUAACUUAAUUUUUUUUAUUGUUUUACAUUUGUUCACUGUUACAUUUUGCUGCUCAACUGCAAAGUAAUUGUUACAUAUUGAUGGAGGAGGUUUCGAUUUGAUAUUCAAUAAUUCCAAGCGGGAUUAUGUGGGGUCUGUUUUGGACAUAGAAUAACAUUUAUGUUCACCUGAAUGAACUGUUACCAAAGAAGCUGACUCUUAUUAAACUUUACACCGCCUUGAGACGAUCUCUCCGUCUCGCCACAGUA